GUCUGGUUGUCUUUGGCUACGCAUAGAGCAGGCGGAUGUCAAUAAACAAUUCUACUUUUCAAGUUGGAAGGUCUAUACCAACACUGCUAGAGGCAUUCAGACAAGGUAAUUGGCGACCCUCCUUGAUAAAACCAGUGGUGGCGAUGGAGAUGGACGGAAUCUAGCCACCAGCAAUAUAAACAUUUAUAAGGCAAUCGCCAUGGCGAGAAGGAGGCAUCAACAGCGUUGCAACUGCCCUACAACUGUUCUAUUACGUCUGUCAGCGUCUUGGCCAACAGACCAAUUCUGACGCGUUUUGAGGCACUCAUUACCAUUACCAUCAACCAUAUAUCCCCUUGGCCAUCAUGUCGGCCAAUUAUUGGACUUCGACACAGAGAAAAUAUUGGACUUUUACGCCUGAGAAGCUAGCUGAGAAGCGGCACGAGCUGGAGAAGACCUACUCCAAAAUCUACGAGCAAUAUCCAUAUCCGGAUCGAAGACACCUGCUCAUUUUUAUCAGAGAUCGGAUUCUACAACUUGCCAAACGACUGCCCUUCCGCCAACAGUGCGUCGCCACUGCGCUGGUGUAUCUUCAACGCUAUUUUCUCUUCUAUCCUGUUCAGAACCUGAACCUAUAUCUCAUCCUCGCAACCGCCUUUUACUUGUCCUCUAAAACGGAAGAGUCCCCUCACCACAUUCGUCUGGUUGCAGCAGAAGCGAGACAAUCAUGGCCUGAAUUCGUUCCAGGGGACGUCUCCCGGCUGGGGGAGAUGGAAUUCUGUCUCAUAUCCGAAAUGAGAUCUCAGCUCAUAGUGUGGCACCCAUAUCGAUCCUUGCUUGACAUGAAGGAGAAUCAAGACAUCAAGUUGACCCCCGACGAGCUGGGUCUUGCGUGGUCCAUAAUCAAUGACAGUUUCAUGACCGACUUACCACUGACUUGUCCUCCUCAUCUCACCGCCGUCAUUGCCAUGUUUCUCGCCGUUAUCUUCCUUCCUUCAGCCAAAGCAUCAGGGGCAUUACGGCCAUUAACGCAUGACACGAUUGCCAACCCAGAAUCUGGACCAUUUUCAUCUUUUGGAGGAGGCCGCCCAGCAAUGUCUGGGCCUUUUAACAACCUCCUCACUAGCUUACAUAUGUCCGGCCAGCAAAACGGGUCUCAGUCUAGUGCGAACCACUCAAACCCGAACAUGAUGGGUCAGGCUCCAUCGCGCUUUUCGCACCAACACAGCCUUUCCCAGUCGUCCACUCAAUCUCAACCUCAAACUUCCGCCGGGAAUACGUCUGUCCCGACAACCGGACUGAGCGAACGUGAAAAGACAAUUCAGGCUAUCAAAGAAUCAGAAAGAAUGCAAUCCCUGAUGAAGUUCCUUGUCGAGUCUGAUCUUGAUAUUCCGCGUAUGAUCGAAGGAACACAAGAGAUGAUUAGCUUAUACGAUUGUUGGGAGCAGUACAACGAGAAGGCGGUAAAAGAUAUUGUUGGUCGAUGUCUAAAGGCUAGAGGGCUGGACUCUUGAAUUGCACCCAGCAAAAUCUGCUCGUUUGGUGGGACACGAAAAUGAUACGCAUUUCGUGUCCUCCGGAUAUUCACGGUGUUUGGGUGUUGGGUACCUGGCCCAAGUACUAUUUAGUAAUAGGUACCUAGGGGACCUGAGAUACACACACAAUAUUUUACUAUUUUUCCG